AUGAAUGAAGUAGAUUAUGUAAGAAAUGUUACAUAUAAAUCCCUGAUCAGGGCCUCUCCAUGCUACUCUGAUACAGUACUUCUACUACUAUAAAUACACAACUUUGUUUAAUUUAAACAUUAACAAGUAAGACAAAUCAGCAGUUGCAGCAGAAAUCUUACAAGAAAUGGAAAUAAGAGAAAAAAUGUUGAAAUGUCUGGUGUUUGGAGUUGGAUAUUUAUUCUUCUUUGUUCAUGGUGAUUUCACGGAGAUAGUGAAUGUGUGUUGUCUAGCAGGUACAAAUUGGGCCAGCAAUAAUGAUCGUUGUGAUACCAUCUCGGGAGAGAUUCCAGAAAUUGAUGCUAAAGAACAGUUCCUGUGUCAACAAGUGCGUGAAGUCUGCUGUAUAAAAUCUAAACAGGACCUUAUGUGUACCAAAGGUAUGGAGAAUGGUUUAGAGGAAGGAGGUAGAUGUGCUGUAAGAGAUGACCUACUAGGUGCUGUAACAUAUAAGGAAUGCUGUUCAUGUUGUCAAAUGGGUUUGGCAGUAAGGCGUAUGGGAAUGUCUUGUACUUCACCAUCAAUUGGUAACCCUUGUGAUAUGAAGUUUCUGCAGUGUUGUCGUGGAUAUGAUCGUGAUCGCUCAGAUAGAGAUGAUUCAGAUGAAGACAAAGAGGGGAAUAAUAUAAAUGAAUGUGAGUUGUUUGGAGGAGAACAGCUUUGUAGUCAGAUCUGUGUAGAUACACCAGGUUCCUAUAAAUGUCAGUGUCAUAGUGGUUAUAGAUUAGCAUCGGAUGAACGCACAUGCUACAGAGAUGAUUGUUCCAGAGGCUAUGCAUUUAAUACUGUGACAGGAAAAUGUGAAGAUAUAGACGAGUGUGUUAUUGGCACUCAUGAUUGCAAUAAGCCAAAUGAACUAUGCCGAAAUGUCCGUGGCAGUUUUACAUGUCAAUGUGAGGAUGGCUUUUAUAGAAACCGGACAACCAUAAAUUGUGAAGAUAUAGAUGAGUGUGCGAGGAGAACUGACACGUGUACGGCGUCACAAAGAUGUGAGAACACCGCUGGUUCCUAUUCUUGUCGUCGUAUCACACCAUGUGGAACUGGCUGGACUUUGGAUGAAAAAUCACAAGAAUGUGUUGAUCAGGAUGAAUGCACACUGGGUACACACAACUGUGGGACAAGUUAUGAGUGUUACAACAUCGAGGGCUCAUUUAGAUGUAAUCCUAAACGAUGUCCAGAAGGUUCGAGGUACAAUUCAGCCACAAACCGAUGUGAAAGGUUCACUUGUGCACGCGGCAUGAAACCAGACAUGAGUGGUCUAUGUGUUGAUAUAAAUGAGUGUAAUGCAGGAGUUAGCCCAUGUAGAAAUUUCCAGUCAUGUCAGAACACGUAUGGAUCCUAUAGAUGUAUUGAUUCUGUAGCGUGUGGACCAGGUUUUCAAGUUGAUGUAGAUGGGCAGACAUGUAUAGAUAUAGAUGAAUGUCGAGAGGGGACACAUGACUGUGGAGGUGAUGCCCAGUGUAUAAAUCAUCGUGGAAGUUAUAUCUGUUCAUGUCCACAGGGAUACAGGCGUGGUAGAAACGGUGUCUGUGAAGAUAAAAAUGAAUGUCAGUAUGGGAAUGUGUGUCCAAGCAAUGCAAAAUGUGAAAAUACACCAGGCAGUUUUAGAUGUCUUUGUGACCCAGGAUUUGAGCAGUCUGGCUCUCAGAGAUGUAGAGAUAUCAAUGAAUGUGAGGAUCGUUCAAUAUGUACACAAGGUUGUAAUAACUUGAUUGGUUCAUAUGUCUGUACCUGUGAAACAGGAUAUAAGUUGGCUGCAGAUGGGAGAACUUGUAUUGAUAUUGAUGAGUGUAGAUUGUACAAUGGACCAGGAGUAUGUGCAGGUAAUUGUGUCAAUACACCAGGAUCUUACAUGUGUUCUUGUCCGAAUGGCUGGAGGAUUAUGGGUAAUGGGCGGUCAUGUGGAGAUAUAGACGAGUGCCAGGAAGGUACAGACAGAUGUGGCAGUGACCAAGAUGUCAUGUGCUUCAACACUAGAGGUAGUCAUAGAUGUCCGAGAGUCACAUGUCCCUCCGGAUUCUCAAGAUCAGAUCUAGGUCCUCGAAGAAACAGCGACGUACAAGUGGAAUCUGAUUCGAUUCUAUGUAAAAAGUUCUGCCCACGGUAUGAUAUCAACUGUCAGCACAACGAAACAACCUCCGUGUCCUACCAGUUCUUCUCAUUACCGUCUAUAGCUAAGGUGGAUCAGCCGGCAGUCCUGCUCAACAUAACAGCACAAGGAUUUAUCCUGGUACCUCAGAUGUAUCUCCAUAUUGUUUCUGGGAACGAUGGAAAAUUGUUUGAUACAGUCGUGGAAGGAGAAACAGCCAUGUUUCGUCUUGUGAAACCUCUGAUUGGACCAGAUGAUAUCCGUGUAAUGAUUAGAUUAGAAAACAGAAGUUAUAUUGGCAACAAGUUACUAUCAGCGCAUAAUGCACACUUACGGAUUUUUGUAUCUAGAUAUAAAUACUAAAAUUUCAUUGUAUUACCAAGUCAAUCAAUGUGUUCAACAUGGGUUGAAAAAGAACAAUUUCUUUGAAUUAAAAACAUUUUAUGAUAAUUGUGUACAUUAAGCGUAAAUAGACAUCUAGAAAUCCUUUGUUAAAAAUAAGACACAACUUAAGAAAACUAUGUGCUCAUAGACUUGCACGUGAAAAUACUUUAAUUAAUAAAAAGUGUAUCGCUCCUUAAAUUAGUUGACCUUUAUGCUGUAAUUACAUAAAACAAAAACAACAACAAAACAAACAAACGCAAAUAUUUUUUUUUACAUUGGAUAUAUUCUAGUGAUUCAAACAUUGUCUUAUCCUUCGGGUACAAUGAGGUUUUCGUGAAGUGAAAUCCCGUGAUUAUUCGAAAAAUGUCGAUAUUUAACAAGAAAAUAUUUUCACACUAGAAUGAGGAAGCGAUAUAGUUAUGGAAGAAACUACUUGAAUCGUCUUUUCUAUUUGUUAUAUUGUGUAUGUUCAAACGCAGAUCAACGCAGAUCACAAAGUUAUGCGGUAUCGCGUAAUCAAUCUGAUCUACGUACAUUAUGUGUAGGCAAUCCGAAUCUAAGGCAGUCCGAAUCACAUCAUUUUAUUUCUUUUUAAUUCAACGAUAUGCUUGGACAGACAAAUCAAUUUUUAAAAAAAAGCACAUGUAUGUAGGGAAUUAUAUGUUUUGAGUGAACCAGAAUAACUUACAUG